AUGUUCCAUCGCUUCAAGAACAAGGUGCUCACCACGGUGGCACCGGAUCUGCCGGCUCUCCCAUCCGGAUCCGGCCAACAAGCAUAUGGCAGCGGGCGAGCUGGCAGUCAGAAGGACUACGACGCGAAUGGCAGUAAGCGGCUGCCGAAAAAAUUCCAGUACGCCCGCCCACCGUUCCUGCAGCUGCUGACCUAUGAUGAACUGAAGGCCAGCGCGGAUCACAACGUGCGGCCAAUAAUUGUACCACGCGAAAUCUCGCUGCUACCCUGGAACACUGGGUACGCCGAAUGCGUCAACUCGGGCAAAUCCAAGUGGAACGAAGACCAGGCCGUCUUCCACCGGCAGGUCCUGUCGCACCCGUCCAAGAAAUACCACGGUCUCCCGUACACGUACUUCGGCAUCUAUGACGGGCACGCCGGGUACGGUGCGGCGUUGGCCGCCUCUAACCAAUUCCACUACAUCCUGCACGAGAAGCUGGUGGACAUCAUCGACCUGCUGAUGCCGAGCGAGGACGCGUUGGAGCCGCCACCCCAGCCCCAUCCGAUUCUCUUCCAAAAGCAGGUGUCGAAGGACGACCUGAUUGUAGGCGCGCUGGAGGCGGCUUUCUACGACAUGGACAGGGUGCUGGCGAAGGACAGAGAUAAGUACCGCAACGCGGGCGGCUGCACGGCACUCGUGGCCCUCUUCAUCCUUGGCAAGCUGUUCGUGGCCAAUGCUGGCGAUUCGCGUGGCGUGUUGUGCAGCCAGGUACGCCGAGACACCCCCAUAUCGGAUCCAAAGAAGACGGGUUCGACCGGUGAGACGGACGAGUACGAGGCAGUGACCAAACUGUGCUCGUUCGACCACACACCCGACAGUGAGCGGUCACGGUUGCUGACAAUCGGCAAGCAAAACCCAACCCUGCUCGGUGUAGAGUACAUCGCGAUGGAGUACGCCAAGAAGCCGACCACGAAGGACCUUGGCGCGCGCAUUCUCUACCGCGAGGGUGAAAUGAAGGGUUGGGCGUACAAGACGAUCACGUUUGCCGAUCUGAAAUCGCCGCUUGUCACCGGUGCCGGCAAACGCAGUCGGCUGCUUGGCACGAUCGGUGUGACGCGUGGUUUCGGUGACCAUGAUCUGAAGGCCCUCGGAAGCAACCUGCCGAUAAAGCCGUUCCUGAGCGCACACCCGGACGUGGUGUAUUUCGAUCUGUCCCACGUAAAGGAAAUCGACGAGAACAACCGGGAUGGCGAGUACGGUAUCCUCGUGAUGGCCACGGACGGGCUGUGGGACGUGAGCGAUUCGUUGCAGGUGGCCAGCACCGUAUUCAAAACGCUCAAGCGGUUCCCCACCGAGCGCCAUCGCUACACGAUGGUCGCCCAGGAGCUGGUGGCACGGUCGCGUGGCCGCGCCAAUGAGUCCGGCCACUGGCGCUUGUCCGAUUCGAGUGCAGCCGCCACCGUCGACGAUAUCUCCGUCAUCGUCAUCCCGGUGUACCAGUAUUACUUGGAGUAUCUCGAUUGGAUUGAGAUGAUAGCGGUGAUGCGCAGACAGAAGCGCGAUCAAACUGAAACCACCACCAGCCCGGUGGCUGAGGUGGAACUUGCCAGUGAGACGCAGCACAGCUCGUCAUCCGAGUCGGAACCACCCGAGGAGGGCCAGGAGGCUGAGAAUAAUCUCAACGCGAUUAGUACGUGGCUGCCGGACCCGAACUGUAAACCCAAGGGCAUGUUUGUCAUGUCCAACCACAUGUGA